GUGAGAUUGUUGUCAGGGAGUGAGCUGGCUCCUGCUCCGACAUGUUCCGCGUUUUCAGCCUGGUGAUCGCGGCCGGCCUGCUGCUGGCCUGCCUCACUGCUUAUGUCCUGGAGAACUACACCGUGCAGUCCGCUCUCAACCGGGAGCCGCACCCGCGAGAUGGCCAGCCUCCUUACCCGGGCCGGGACACGGACAACCUCUUCUGGUUCCUGCAGGUGUCCGACCUCCAUAUCAGUAGGUUCGUAGAUCCUCAAAGAACCCCUGAUUUUAAGAUAUUUUGCACAGAGACCAUUGAUGUAAUCAAGCCAGCAAUUGUUUUCGUCACAGGAGAUCUAACAGAUGCCAAGACAAAGAACAGGAUCGGAUCUGUUCAGCACGAGGUUGAAUGGCAAACCUACCAUACAAUCCUGAAACAAUCCAGAGUGUUAGAAAAGACCAAGUGGAUUGAUAUCAAAGGAAAUCAUGAUGCUUUCAACAUUAAAUCGCUUGACAGUAUCAAUAAUUACUACAGGAAAUAUUCUGCCCAUCGUCAGGAUGGAUCCUUCCAUUAUCUACAUCAGACUGACUUUGGAAAUUACUCUUUCAUCUGUGUUGAUGCCACCUUGAGUCCUGGUCCCAAAAGACCACUCAAUUUCUUUGGUGUCUUGCAGCAGAAUAAAAUGGGUGAAUUGUCAAAACUAGCAUCUGAAACAGUCAACAGCAAUCAAAGCAUUUGGCUUGGCCAUUAUACCACCUCCACUAUCAUUUCCGCCUCUCCUGGUAUGCAGCAACUCAUGAGCUCUGCAAUUGCAUACCUGUGUGGACACCUGCACACUCUGGGAGGUCUCAUGCCUGUUCUGCACAGCAGAAACGCAGAAGGAACACUGGAACUGGAGCUAGGUGACUGGAUGGACAACCGGAAGUACCGUCUAUUGGCAUUUGACCAUGAUCUGUUUAGUUUUGUGGAUCUAAACUUAAACAAGUGGCCGGCAGUCCUUAUCACAAAUCCAAAAUCUGCUCUAUAUAGUAGCCCAGGACAUGAGCCUCUGGGGAAAAUCAAGCACUCUACACAUAUCAGGGUUCUGGUCUUUUCGCCGUCACAAAUCACCUCAGUCCUGAUCAGUAUUGAUGGUGUCACUGUAGGCAGUGCAGUUCAUAUUGAUGGCCCAUUCUUCUCAAUAGCCUGGAGGCCUGAGGAUUACAGGGAAGGAAUGCACUACAUUGAAGUCCGAGCAGAGGACACAGCUGGAAGAACUAUGGUUAAAGGUCAUGACUUUGCAGUAGAAGAGAUGAGACUGCUGCCUUUUGACCUUGUGGCUUCAUUCAUCCUCCUGACCCGACAUUAUGUUAUGGCCAAAGUUAUAUUUAUUCUGGUUUUUAUGGCUAAUAUCUGCUUGAUCAUUGCCAUUCGGUUCCAAAGCCAACCGCAGCUUAAAGAGAGCCCUAGUGCCUUCACUCUGAUGUUGUUUUCGUUUCAUGUGUUGUGUAAGACAAACAUGUUCUACUAUCCUGUGUUGCUGUUCACUUGCUAUGUGGCUGUGGGUCCCUGGUUUGUUGGUGAGGUGAUAGAUGGCCACUUUGGAGCCUGCUUUGUCUUUGGGGUUGUGGUGGAUGGCCAUUUCUUGGAGGGAAGCCUGACUUUCAUCUUUGGAAUCUUUCAGCUGACGUUUUUUAAUAUUCCACUGAUGGGCUACUUAAGCUGGUGUCUGCUCCUUCGGUGUCGAGGGUUUUGUUUUUGGACACACACCAAGUACACAGGCUGGCUCUGCACUGUGCCCAUGCACAUCUUCAUCAUGGCACUCUUCCUGUGGCAACUCUACAGCAGCUACAUCCUACUGCUCACUUACGGCACCGCUGCCUUCUUCCUGUCUCCAGUAAGGACGUGGUCAGUGCCACUGGCCCUGGUCCUUGUGUACAAGGCCUGGGCUCUCGACCAGUCCUCCAUCAGAACAUUUAAAGCGGAAAUGAAGAACUGCCCCUACUCCUGACAGAGGACAGAGACAACAGGUCAAGAGUGGAGAACACAGCAUUCGCGCAUCUCAACUGCCAGUCACACUUCUCGAACCAGUCUAUCAAAAAUCACACACAAUGAUUGCAGUAUCAAAUCCUGUCAAAUCAUUCUUUCCAUUGCCCCCAUCUCAAAACAAGCGCAAUGACAGGAAAAAAUAGAAAAUCGAAUUUAAUACAAAUGAAGAUUAGACUGAAGAAAGGGGAGCUGGUAGGAGCAGCUCACAUUUUACCUCCCAUCCCAACUAGUAUUGUUUCAUACUUGCUGGGCAGAACCCUGCAGAGUACUCUCUGCCUCUGUGUGUGUGUGUGUGUGUGUGUGUGUGUGUCUGUCUGUCUGUCUGUCUGUCUGUGUUAAUGGAUAUUUGUGUGUGUGUGUGUCUAUAUUAAUGAAUAUUUGUCUGUGUGUCUCUCUGUAUUAAUGAAUAAUUGUGUGUGUGUGUGUGUCUGUGUCAAUGAAUAUUUGAGUCUGUGUUAAUGAAUAUUUGUGUGUGUGUGUGUCUGUGUUAAAGAAUAUUUGUGUGUGUGUGUGUCUGUGUUAAUGAAUAUUUGUGUGUGUGUGUCUCUAUAUUAAUGAAUAUUUGUGUGUGUGUGUCUCUGUAUUAAUGAAUAUUUGUGUGUGUGUGUGUCUCUGUAUUAGUGAAUAUUUGUGUGUGUGUGUGUGUAUCACUAUUAAUGAAUAUUUGUGUGUGUGUUUGUCUCUGUAUCAGUGAAUAUUUGUGUGUGCGUCUGUAUUAAUCAAUAUUUGUGAGGGUGUGUGUCUCUGUAUUAAUGAAUAUUUGUGUGUGUGCCUGUGUAGUAAUAAAUAUUUGUAUGUGUGUGUCUCUGUGUUAAUGAAUAUUUGUGUGUGUGUGUGUCUCUGUGUUAAUGAAUAUUUGUGUGUCUGUGUUAAUGAAUAUUUGUGUGUGUGUGUGUGUGUCUGUGUUAAAGAAUAUUUGUGUGUGUGUGUCUGUGUUAAUGAAUAUUUGUGUGUGUGUGUCUCUGUAUUAAUGAAUAUUUGUGUGUGUGUGUGUCUCUGUAUUAAUGAAUAUUUGUGUGUGUGUGUCUGUAUUAAUGAAUACUUGUGUGUGUGUCUCUGUAUUAAUGAAUAAUUGUGUGUGUCUCUGUAUUAGUGAAUGCUUGUGUGUGUGUGUAUCACUGUAUUAAUGAAUAUUUGUGUGUGUGUGUAUGUGUGUGUUUGUCUCUGUAUCAGUGAAUAUUUGUGUGUGUGUGUCUGUAUUAAUGAAUACUUGUGUGUGUGUCUCUGUAUUAAUGAAUAAUUGUGUGUGUCUCUGUAUUAGUGAAUGCUUGUGUGUGUGUGUGUGUAUCACUGUAUUAAUGAAUAUUUGUGUGUGUGUGUAUGUGUGUGUUUGUCUCUGUAUCAGUGAAUAUUUGUGUGUGUGUGUCUGUAUUAAUGAAUACUUGUGUGUGUGUCUCUGUAUUAAUGAAUAAUUGUGUGUGUCUCUGUAUUAGUGAAUGCUUGUGUGUGUGUGUGUAUCACUGUAUUAAUGAAUAUUUGUGUGUGUGUGUAUGUGUGUGUUUGUCUCUGUAUCAGUGAAUAUUUGUGUGUGUGUGUCUGUAUUAAUCAAUAUUUGUGAGGGUGUGUGUCUCUGUAUUAAUGAAUAUUUGUGUGUGUCUGUAUUAAUGAAUAUUUGUGUGUGUGCCUGUGUAGUAAUGAAUAUUUGUGUGUGUCUCUGUGUUAAUGAAUAUUUGUGUGUGUGUGUCUCUGUGGUAAUGAAUAUUUGUGUGUGUGUCUCUGUAUUAAUGAAUAUUUGUGUGUGUGUGUGUCUCUAUUAAUGAAUCUUUGUGUGGGUGUGUCUCUGUAUUAAUGAAUAUUUGUGUGUGUGUCUCUGUAUUAAUGAAUAUUUGUGUGUGUGCCUGUGUCGUAAUGAAUAUUUGUGUGUGUGUGUCUCUGUAUUAGUGAAUAUUUGUGUGUGUGUGUGUCUCUGGAUUAAUGAAUAUUUGUGCGUGUGUGUGUGUCUCUGUAUUAGUGAAUAUUUGUGUCUGUGUGUCUCUCUGUAUUAAUGAAUAUUUGUGUGUGUGUGUGUGUGUCUGUAUUAGUGAAUAUUUGUUUGUGUCUCUGUAUUAAUGAAUAUUUGUGGCUGUGUGUGUGUGUCUCUAUAUUAAUGAAUAUUUGUGUGUGUGUCUCUGAAUUAGUGAAUAUUUGUGUGUGCGUGUGUCUCCGUAUUAAUGAAUAUUUGUGUGUGUGUCUGUGUCUCUGUAUUAGUAAAUAUCUGUGUGUGUGUCUCUGUAUUAGUGAAUAUUUGUGUGUGUGUGCCUCUAUUAGUGAAUAUUUGUGUGUGUGUGUGUCUCUGUAUUAGUGAAUAUUUGUGUCUGUGUGUCUCUCUGUAUGAAUGAAUAUUUGUGUGUGUGUGUGUCUGUAUUAGUGAAUAUUUGUGUGUGUCUCUGUAUUAGUGAAUAUUUGUGUGUGUCUCUGUAUUAAUGAAUAUUUGUGUGUGUGUGUGUGUCUCUGGAGUAAUGAAUAUUUGUGUGUGUGUGUGUGUAUGUCUCUGUAUUAGUGAAUAUUUGUGUGUAUGUGCCUCUAUUAGUGAAUAUUUGUGUGUGUGUGUGUCUCUGUAUUAGUGAAUAUUUGUGUCUGUGUGUGUCUCUGUAUUAAUGAAUAUUUGUGUGUGUGUGUCUGUAUUAGUGAAUAUUUGUGUCUGUCUCUGUAUUAAUGAAUAUUUGUGGCUGUGGGUGUGUGUUUUUGUUAUAAUGAAUAUUUGUGUGUGUGUGUGUGUGUGUGUGUGUGUCUCUGUGUUAAUGAACAUGUUUGUGUGUGUGUGUGUGUCUCCGUAUUAAUGAAUAUUUGUCUGUGUGUGUGUGUGUGUCUCUGUAUUAGUGAAUAUCUGUGUGUGUGUGUGUCUCUGUAUUAGUGAAUUAUUGUGUGUGUGUGUCUCUGUAUUAGUGAAUAUUUGUGUGUGUGUGUGUCUCUCUGUAUUAAUGAAUAUUUGUGUGUGUGUGUCUGUAUUAGUGAAUAUUUGUGUGUCUCUGUAUUAAUGAAUACUUUUGUGUGUGUGUGUCUCUGGAUUAAUGAAUAUUUGUGUGUGUGUGUCUCUGUAUUAAUGAAUAUUUGUGUGUGUGUGUGUGUCUGUAUUAAUGAAUAUUUGUGUGUGUGUGUGUAUAUCUCUGUAUUAAUGAAUAUUUGUGUGUGUCUCUAUUAAUGAAUAUGUGUGUUUGUGUGUCUGUAUUAAUGAAUAUUUGUGUGUGUGUGUCUCUGUGUUAACGAAUAUGUGUGUGUGUGCCUGUGUAGUAAUGAAUAUUUGUAUGUGUGUGUCACUGUAUUAAGGAAUAUUUGUGUGUGUGUGUGUGUGUGUGUGUGUGUGUGUGUGUGUGUCUCUGUGUUAAUGAAUAUGUUUGUGUGUGUGUGUGUAUGUCCAUGUAUUAGUGAAUAUUUGUGUGUGUCUCUGUAUUAGUGAAUAUCUGUGUGUGUGUGUGUGUGUCUCUGUAUUAGUGAAUAUUUGUGUGUGUGUGUGUGUCUGUAUUAGUGAAUAUUUGUGUGUGUCUCUGUAUUAUGAAUAUUUGUGUGUAUGUGUGUCUCUGGAUUAAUGAAUAUUUGUGCGUGUGUGUGUGUGUGUCUCUGUAUUAAUGAAUAUUUGUGUGUGUGUGUAUGUCUCUGUAUUAGUGAAUAUUUGUGUGUGUGUGUGUGUCUCUGUAUUAGUGAGUGUGUGUGUGUGUGUGUGUAUGUCUCUGUAUUAGUGAAUAUUUGUGUGUGUGUGUGUGUCUCUGUAUUAAUGAAUAUUUGUGGCUAUGUGUGUAUGUCUCUGUAUUAAUGAAUAUUUGUGUGUGUGUGUCUUUGUAUUAGUGAAUAUUUGUGUGUGUCUCUGUAUUAGUGAAUAUUUGUGUCUGUGUGUCUCUCUGUAUUAAUGAAUUUUUGUGUGUGUGUGAGAGUCUCUGGAUUAAUGAAUAUUUGUGCGUGUGUGUGUGUGUCUCUGUAUUAAUGAAUAUUUGUGUGUGUGUGUGUCUCUGUGUUAAUGAAUAUGUUUGUGUGUGUCUCUAUUAGUGAAUAUUUGUGUGUGUAUGUCUCAGUAUUAGUGAGUAUUUGUGUGUGUGUGUGUCUCUGUAUUAAUGAAUAUUUGUGUGUGUGUGUGUUUGUCUGUAUUAGUGAAUAUUUGUGUCUGUCUCUGUAUUAAUGAAUAUUUGUGUGUGUGUCUGUGUGUCUCUGAAUUAGUCAAUAUUUGUGUGUGUGUGUGUCUCUGUAUUAAUGAAUAUUUGUGUGUGUGUGUGUCUCUGUGUUAAUGAAUAUGUUUGUGUGUGCCUCUGUAUUAGUGAAUAUUUGUGUGUGUGUCUGUGUUAAUGAAUAUUUGUGUGUGUGUGUCUCUGUGUUAACGAAUAUGUGUGUGUGUGUGUCUUUGUAUUAAUGAAUAUUUGUGUGUGUGUGUGUGUCUCUGUAUUAAUGAAUAUGUUUGUGUGUGUGUGUGUAUGUCUCUGUAUUAGUGAAUAUUUGUGUGUGUGUGUCUCUGUAUUAGUGAAUAUUUGUGUGUGUGUGUGUCUGUAUUAGUGAAUAUUUGUGUGUGUGUGUGUUUGUAUUAGUGAAUAUUUGUGUGUGUCUCUGGAUUAAUGAAUAUUUGUGUGUGUGUGUAUGUCUCUGUAUUAGUGAAUAUUUGUGUGUGUGUGUGUGUCUCUGUAUUCGUGAGUAUUUGUGUGUGUGUGUGUGUGUGUGUCUCUGUAUUAAUGAAUAUUUGUGUGUGUGUGUCUGUAUUAGUGAAUAUUUGUGUCUGUCUCUGUAUUAAUGAAUAUUUGUGGCUGUGUGUGUGUGUGUCUCUGUAUUAAUGAAUAUUUGUGUGUGUGUGUCUCUGUAUUAGUGAAUAUUUGUGUGUGUGUGUGUGUCUAUUAGUGAAUAUUUGUGUCUGUGUGUCUCUCUGUAUUAAUGAAUAUUUGUGUGUGUGUGUGUGUCUGUAUUAGUGAAUAUUUGUGUGUGUCUCUGGAUUAAUGAAUAUUUGUGCGUGUGUGUGUGUGUGUGUCUCUGUAUUAAUGAAUAUUUGUGUGUGUGUAUGUCUCUGUAUUAGUGAAUAUUUAUGUGUGUGUUUCUCUGUAUUAGUGAGUAUUUGUGUGUGUGUGUCUCUGUAUUAAUGAAUAUUUGUGUGUGUGUGUCUGUAUUAGUGAAUAUUUGUGUCUAUCUCUGUAUUAAUGAAUAUUUGUGGCUGUGUGUGUGUGUCUCUGUAUUAAUGAAUAUUUGUGUGUGUGUGUGUCUUUGUAUUAAUGAAUGUUUGUGUGUGUGUCUCUGUAUUAAUGAAUGUUUGUAUGUGUGUGUGUGUGUCUUUGUAUUAAUGAAUAUUUGUGUGUGUGUGUGUGUGUGUCUUUGUAUUAAUGAAUAUUUGUGUGUGUGUGUCUAGGUAUUAGUGAAUAUCUGUGUGUGUGUCUCUGUAUUAGUGAAUUAUUGUGUGUGUGUGUCUCUGUAUUAGUGAAUAUUUGUGUGUGUGUGUAUGUCUCUGUAUUAGUGAAUAUUUGUGUGUGUGUGUGUCUGUAUUAGUGAAUAUUUGUGUGUGUCUCUGGAUUAAUGAAUAUUUGUGUGUGUGUGUAUGUCUCUGUAUUAGUGAAUAUUUGUGUGUGUGUGUGUGUCUCUGUAUUCGUGAGUAUUUGUGUGUGUGUGUGUGUCUCUGUAUUAAUGAAUAUUUGUGUGUGUGUCUGUAUUAGUGAAUAUUUGUGUCUGUCUCUGUAUUAAUGAAUAUUUGUGGCUGUGUGUGUGUGUCUCUGUAUUAAUGAAUAUUUGUGUGUGUGUGUCUCUGUAUUAGUGAAUAUUUGUGUGUGUGUGUGUGUCUAUUAGUGAAUAUUUGUGUCUGUGUGUCUCUCUGUAUUAAUGAAUAUUUGUGUGUGUGUGUGUGUCUGUAUUAGUGAAUAUUUGUGUGUGUCUCUGGAUUAAUGAAUAUUUGUGCGUGUGUGUGUGUGUGUGUGUCUCUGUAUUAAUGAAUAUUUGUGUGUGUGUAUGUCUCUGUAUUAGUGAAUAUUUAUGUGUGUGUUUCUCUGUAUUAGUGAGUAUUUGUGUGUGUGUGUCUCUGUAUUAAUGAAUAUUUGUGUGUGUGUGUCUGUAUUAGUGAAUAUUUGUGUCUAUCUCUGUAUUAAUGAAUAUUUGUGGCUGUGUGUGUGUGUCUCUGUAUUAAUGAAUAUUUGUGUGUGUGUGUGUCUUUGUAUUAAUGAAUGUUUGUGUGUGUGUCUUUGUAUUAAUGAAUAUUUGUGUGUGUGUGUGUGUGUGUGUCUUUGUAUUAAUGAAUAUUUGUGUGUGUGUGUCUAGGUAUUAGUGAAUAUCUGUGUGUGUGUCUCUGUAUUAGUGAAUUAUUGUGUGUGUGUGUCUCUGUAUUAGUGAAUAUUUGUGUGUGUGUGUGUAUCUCUGUAUUAAUGAAUAUUUGUGUGCGUGUGUGUCUCUAUUAAUGAAUAUUUGUGUGUGUGUGUGUGUGUGUGUGUCUCUGUAUUAAUGAAUAUUUGUGUGUGUGUAUAUCUCUGUAUUAAUGAAUAUUUGUGUGUGUCUCUCUGUAUUAAUGAAUAUUUGUGUGUGUGUCUCUGUAUUAAUGCAUAUUUGUGUGUGUCUCUGUAUUAAUGAAUAUUUGUGUGUGUGUAUCUCUGUAUUAAUGAAUAUUUGUGUGUCUCUGUAUUAGUGAAUAUUUGUGUGUGUGUGUGUGUGUCUCUGUAUUAAUGAAUAUUUGUAUGUGUGUGUCUCUGUAUUAGUGAAUAUUUGUGUGUGUUCGUGUGUUUAUCUCUAUUAAUGAAUAUUUGUGUGUGUGUGUGUCUCUGUAUUAGUGAAUAUUUGUGUGUGCGCGCGUGUGUGGGUCUUUGUAUUAGUGAAUAUUUGUGUGUGUGUCUCUGUUUUAAUGAAUAUUUGUGUGUCUGUGUGCCUCUGUAUUAAUGAAUAUUUGUGUGUGUGUGCCUCUCUCUCUCUCUCUCUCUCUCUAUUAAUGAAUAGUUGUAUGUGUGUUCAUGAAUAUGUGUGUUUGUGUGUGUCUCUAUUGAUGAAUAUUUGUGUAUGUGUUAAUGACUGUGUGUGUUUGUGUGUGUGUGUGUGUGUCUCUAUUAAUGAAUAUUUUUGUGUGUGUGUGUGUCUCUGUAUUAGUGAAUAUUUGUGUGUGUCUCUGGGUUAAUGAAUAUUUGUGUGUGUGUGUGUGCGCGCCUCUGUAUUAGUGAAUAUUUGUAUGUGUCUCUGUAUUAGUGAAUAUUUGUGUGUGUGUGGGUGUGUGUCUGUAUUAAUGAAUAUUUGUGUGUGUGCCUGCAUAGUAAUGAAUAUUUGUGUGUGUGUCUCUGUAUUAAUGAAUAUUUGUGUGUGUGCCUGCGUAGUAAUGAAUAUUUGUGUGUGUGUGUCUCUGUAUUAAUGAAUAUUUGUAUGUGUGUGUGUCUCUGUGUUAAUGAAUAUUUGUGUGUGUGUGUGUGUGUAUAUAUUUCUGUAUUAAUGAAUAUUUGUGUGUGUGUGUGUGUGUGUGUAUCUCUAUCUCUGUAUUAGUGAAUAUCUGUAUGUGUGUGUCUCGGUGUGUGUGUGUAUCUCUAUCUCUGUAUUAGUGAAUAUCUGUAUGUGUGUGUGUCUCUGUAUUAGUGAAUAUUUGAGUGUGUGUGUCUCUCUGUAUUAAUGAAUAUUUGUGUGUGUGUGUGUCUCUGUAUUAGUGAAUAUUUGUGUGUGUUUGUGUCUCUGUAUUAAUAAAUAUUUGUGUGUGUGUGUGUCUGUGUUAAUGAAUAUGUGUGUGUGUCUCUGUAUUAAUGAAUAUUUGUGUGUCUGUCUCUGUAUUAAUGAAUAUUUGUGUGUGUGUGUGUGUCUCCAUAUUAAUGAAUAUUUGUGUGUGUGUGUGUGUCCGUAUUAAUGAAUAUUUGUGUGUGUGUGUAUAUCUCUGUAUUAAUGAAUAUUUGUGUGUGUGUCUCUGUAUUAAUGAAUGUGUGUGUGUGCCUGUGUAGUAAUGAAUAUUUGUGUGUCUCUGUAUUAGUGAAUAUCUGUGUGUGUGUGUCUCUGUAUUAGUGAAUUAUUGUGUGUGUUUUUCUCUAUUAAUGAAUAUUUGUAUGUGUGUGUCUCUGUAUUAAUGAAUAUUUGUGUGUGUGUGUGUGUGUGUGUGUGUGUGUGUGUGUGUGUGUGUCUCUGUGUUAAUGAAUAUUUGUGUGUGUGCGCGCGCCUCUGUAUUAGUGAAUGUGUGUGUGUGUACCUCUGUAUUAAUGAAUAUUUGUGUGUGUGUCUCUGUAUUAAUGAAUAUUUGUGUGUGUGUUUCUCUGUAUUAGUGAAUAUUUGUGUGUGUCUCUGUAUUAAUGAAUAUUUGUGUGUGUGCCUGCGUAGUAAUGAAUAUUUGUAUGUGUGUGUGUCUCUGUGUUAAUGAAUAUUUGUGUGUGUGUGUGUGUGUGUGUGUGCGCGCGCGCCUCUGUAUUAGUGAAUAUUUGUAUGUGUCUCUGUAUUAGUGAAUAUUUGUGUGUGUGUGGGUGUGUGUCUGUAUUAAUGAAUAUUUGUGUGUGUGCCUGCAUAGUAAUGAAUAUUUGUGUGUGUGUGUCUCUGUAUUAAUGAAUAUUUGUAUGUGUGUGUGUCUCUGUGUUAAUGAAUAUUUGUGUGUGUGUGUGUGUGUGUAUCUCUAUCUCUGUAUUAGUGAAUAUCUGUAUGUGUGUGUGUCUCGGUGUGUGUGUGUGUGUAUCUCUAUCUCUGUAUUAGUGAAUAUCUGUAUGUGUGUGUGUGUCUCUGUAUUAGUGAAUAUUUGUGUGUGUGUGUCUCUCUGUAUUAAUGAAUAUUUGUGUGUGUGUGUGUGUGUGUCUCUGUAUUAGUGAAUAUUUGUGUGUGUUUGUGACUCUGUAUUAAUAAAUAUUUGUGUGUGUGUGUGUCUGUGUUAAUGAAUAUGUGUGUGUGUGUCUGUGUUAAUGAAUAUGUGUGUGUGUGUCUGUGUUAAUGAAUAUGUGUGUGUGUCUCUGUGUUAAUGAAUAUUUGUGUGUGUGUGUCUCCGUAUUAAUGAAUAUUUGUGUGUGUGUGUGUCCGUAUUAAUGAAUAUUUGUGUGUGUGUCUGUCUCCGUAUUAAUGAAUAUUUGUGUGUGUGUGUCUCUGUAUUAAUGAAUAUUUGUCUGUGUGUAUCUCUGUAUUAAUGAAUAUUUGUGUGUGUGUCUCUGUAUUAAUGAAUGUGUGUGUGUGCGCCUGUGUAGUAAUGAGUAUUUGUGUGUCUCUGUAUUAGUGAAUAUCUGUGUGUGUGUGUGUCUCUGUCUUAGUGAAUUAUUGUGUGUGUGUUUUUCUCUAUUAAUGAAUAUUUGUAUGUGUGUGUCUCUGUAUUAAUGAAUAUUUGUGUAUGUGUGUGUGUGUGUGUCUCUGUAUUAAUGAAUAUUUGUUUGUGUGUCUCUGUAUUAAUGAAUAUUUGUGUGUGUGUCUCUGUAUUAAUGAAUAUUUGUGUGUGUCUCUGUAUUAAUGAAUAUUUGUGUGUGUGUAUCUCUGUAUUAAUGAAUAUUUGUGUGUGUGUGUCUCUGUAUUAGUGAAUAUUUGUGUGUGUGUGUGUGUGUGUCUCUGUAUUAAUGAAUAUUUGUGUGUGUGUGUGUGUCUCUGAAUUAAUGAAUAUUUGUAUGUGUGUGUCUCUGUAUUAGUGAAUAUUUGUGUGUGUUCGUGUGUUUAUCUCUAUUAAUGAAUAUUUGUGUGUGUGUGUGUCUCUGUAUUAGUGAAUAUUUUUGUGUGCGCGCGUGUGUGGGUCUUUGUAUUAGUGAAUAUUUGUGUGUGUGUCUCUGUUUUAAUGAAUAUUUGUGUGUCUGUGUGCCUCUGUAUUAAUGAAUAUUUGUGUGUGUGUGUCUCUCUCUCUCUCUCUAUUAAUGAAUAGUUGUAUGUGUGUUCAUGAAUAUGUGUGUUUGUGUGUGUCUCUAUUAAUGAAUAUUUGUGUGUGUAUGUGUUAAUGACUGUGUGUGUUUGUGUGUGUGUGUGUCUCUAUUAAUGAAUAUUUUUGUGUGUGUGUGUGUCUCUGUAUUAGUGAAUAUUUGUGUGUGUGUGUGUGUGUGUGUGUCUAUUAAUGAAUAUUUUUGUGUGUGUGUGUGUCUCUGUGUUAAUGAAUAUUUGUGUGUGUGUGUGUAUCUCUAUCUCUGUAUUAGUGAAUAUCUGUAUGUGUGUGUGUCUCUGUAUUAGUGAAUAUUUGUGUGUGUGUGUCUCUGUAUUAAUGAAUAUUUGUGUGUGGGUGUGUGCCUGUGUAGUAAUGAAUAUUUGUGUGUGCGUCUCUGUAUUAAUGAAUAUUUGUAUGUGUGUGUGUGUGUGUGUGUGUGUGUGUGUCUCUGUGUUAAUGAAUAUUUGUGUGUGUGUGCGCCUCUGUAUUAAUGAACAUUUGUGUGUGUGUCUCUCUGUAUUAAUGAAUAUUUGUGUGUGUGUGUCUCUGUAUUAAUGAAUAGUUGUGUGUGUGUCUCUGUAUUAGUGAAUAUGUGUAUGUGUGUGUGCCUCUGUGUUAAUGAAUAUUUGUGUGUGUGUGUCUCUGUGUUAAUGAAUAUUUGUGUGUGUGUGUGUGUGUGUCUCUGUAUUAAUGAAUAUUUGUGUAUGUGUGUGUCUCUAUUGAUGAAUAUUUGUGUGUGUGUGUCGGUUAUUGAGUAUUUGUGUGUGUGCGUGUCUCUAUUAAUGAAUAUUUGUGUGUGUGUGUGUGUGUGUGUGUGUGUCUCUCUCUCUCUGUAUUAAUGAAUGUUUGUGUAUAUCAGUGAAUGUGUGUUUAUGCUGCCCUCUAGGAAUCAAAAUGACUUGCAUCCUCUCCACUUAUUUUUCUUCACUUCAGAACUGUAUAAAGGGAAUUCGAAACACAGAAAAUAUAACAGGAGUAGGCCAUUUGAUUUUUCGUGCCUACAUUGUCAUUCAAUAUUAUCGUGGCUGAUCAUUGAACUCAGUCCCCUGUUCCUGCUUUCCUCCCAUACGCUUUGAUCCCUUUAACCCAGAGAACUAUAUUUCUUUCGUGAAAACAUUCAAUGUAUUAUCCUCCUGUCACAUUCUGUGGCAGAGAAUUUUACAGUGUUGGCUAGAGCAGCUGCUGCUGUUCUUGAUAUCCGUGUUGAUUUACAAGUGAGAAACAUGGAAACAUAAGGGAGGGGGUGUUUAGUGCAAGCUUGAAAUAAUUUUUUUCAGGUUUCAUUCCAUAAGUAAAUUAAUUUUGGAAAAAAAAUCAAACUCGUGGGAUGGAAAGCAAGUACUGAGAAUGAUCGUAGAAGUUAGUUAAAACAGAAACUGCUGGAACAUGCUGAGCAAGGUCAGGUGGCAUCUGACGUGUCAUCAAUCUGAAACGUUGAGCCUUUCUCUCCGUGUACUGAGGUGGAGUGACACUGCCAGAGAUAUCGCCUUUCGAGUGAGAUGUUAAACUGGGAUCAUGUUUGUCUGCUCACAGGUGUAUAAAAGAUCAGAUGUCACUAUUUCAAACAUGAGGAGGAGAAUUUUCCUGGUGCCACAGCUUAUCCCUGAAGUGAUAAGGAAGACUUGAAUUUAUAUAGCUCCUUUCAUUAUUGCCGGAUAUUGCAAAGCACUUUACAAGAGUUAAGUGCUUGCACUGUUGUAGUGUCGGAAAUGUAGCAGCUAGUUUGCAUGCAACAAGAUGGUGAUGAAUGGAUAUUCGUUUUGGAUUGACUGAUUAAUAUUGGCCUGGACAUGGGGAGACCUCCCCCGAGUUUCUACGAAAUAGUACUGCAGGAAUGUUUUGGGCCACCAUGGGGAACCUCCAAAUAACAGGUAUUGCCUGCCACAGCACAGCAUUCCCUCAGUAUUACACAGCACCAAAUGUCACCCUUUGCUUAUCAUCCUGGGCCUGGAGUCAGGCUUGAAUCCACAACCUUUUGACGUGGAGGUGAAGCACUACCAGCUGAGCCUCGGCUGGCUUGAAAUAAAAGUAAAUGCCCAACACUGCCUGGUCUGGUCAUUAUCACAUUGCUAUUUGCCAGAUGUUGCACAGCUAAAUCGGCUGCAGGAUUCCCUUUGGGAUGCUUUGUGAUUUGUGAUAGCCUAAGGCUGUUAACAAUUAUAGAAAAGCAAUGUCCUUUUUCCUGCAGUGUUACUGCUUUGCAUGUGGAGUGCUUCCAGUAUUUUCUGUUUUUGUUUAAUUUUACCUCAUGUUGUAAUCACAAACGAUGAAGGAAAAUUCUUUAAUUUACAAUUCCAAAAAAUGACUGUCCAGAGCAGUAAUGAAUCAUAACUGUUGCAGUUUGGAAACCACUACUUUAAAAUCCGGAUGUAUUUUGAACACAGCACUUGAUUCCCCUGGGUCUUACAGCAUGAAGUAAUUCCUCUUCGUAUUUUACUGUGAGGAGACAGUGCUUGUCACACAGGAACACAUCCAGACAAAAAUAAAUGCCCUCAUGAAUGCAGUUUAGAUGUUGUCAAAUCUAGUGUGGAACAUGUGUAUCUGUGCUCCUUCUCUGCUAUGCUUUCAAUGACAUCUUGUGUUUAAAUACCAUCUUUAAAUAAAACAUUCCAAACUGCUUCACAGAGAU